AUGACUCAAAUCACAGGCAUAAAGCUCCCGCAGUACGUGCCCUUCCCGGUGACGGUUUCGUCAGUUGUUUGUCGUCCGGGGCAAACAAUUGCGAAACAUAAGCCAUUGUUUACGUACAAAUAUUGGGAUUAUCAAGAUGACCCUAAUUCCAAAGAAGACCCACCUACAAAGAUUCGUGUAGAGAGGAUUGGUACUUAUGAGAGCCCCAUUGAAGGGGAAGUGCUGGAGAUACACGUGAAUGUAGGGGAGGAGGUUGCGCAUGGAGCAAUCGAAGUACUUUCAAUCAAGGAAGCAUGCGAUCAUGCGGUUCAAUAUGGAGGAUUAUGUGCACUUUGUGGUAAGGCAGUUGAAGAUGAGAAGGAUUAUACUGGAUACAGUUAUGAAGAUAGAGCUCAGAUUGAGAUGUCACAUGACAACACUGGGCUUAAGAUUAGUUUUGAUGAGGCAGCCAAGAUUGAACAAAACACCACUGAUCAAUUAAGUAAUGAUAAGAAAUUAAUUUUAGUGGUUGAUUUAGAUCAAACAGUGAUUCAUGCCACAGUAGACCCAACGGUUGGGGAAUGGCAAAGAGACCCAGAAAACCCAAACUAUCAAUCAGUGAAGGAUGUUCAAUCCUUCUGUUUGGAAGAAGAACCAAUCAUGCCUCCAGGAUGGACAGGACCAAAGUUUGCCCCUACAAAAUGUUGGUAUUAUGUCAAAUUAAGACCUGGAUUACAAAAAUUCUUACAAGAGAUUUCCAAAUUGUAUGAAUUACAUAUUUAUACUAUGGCUACAAGAAACUAUGCAUUAGCCAUUGCUCAUAUCAUUGACCCUACAGAGGAAUAUUUUGGAGAUAGAAUCUUGAGUAGAGAUGAGAGUGGAUCACUUACUCACAAGAAUUUGAAGAGAUUAUUCCCGGUAGAUCAGUCUAUGGUGGCUAUUAUUGAUGAUAGAGGAGAUGUUUGGAAAUGGGAAAGUAAUUUGGUUAAGGUUGUUCCAUAUGAUUUCUUUGUAGGGAUUGGAGAUAUCAACUCUAGUUUCUUACCCAAGAAGAAUGGACAAAUCAUGGGGCCAACCAAGAAGAGAAAAUCAAUUGCCAAGUUGGAAAGAAUGGAGGAGGAAAAAUUAGAAGAAGAGGAAAAAUUAAAGCAAAAGAAAAAAUUGGAGGAAGAAGGAGGUGAAGAAAAGACUGGAGAAGGCAAUGAUCCUAAGAAAGAAGAUGAAGAGGAGAAUGAAACAGACUCUCACUCUCCUGUGGAUAGAAUUCUUGAACUUGGAGGUGGAGAAGAUAAUGCCAACUUAUUAUUGGAACAAUCACUCACCAGAAGCAAUGCAAUUGAACAACAACAACACGAUAGACCAUUGGCCAAGUUACAACAUGAUUUGGAGAAAAUACAACACCCUGACGGAAUCAAGAAUGAUGAGGACAAUUCUGAGGCAUCUAACGAUGAAGCCAAUGAAACUAGAGAUGAAAAUCUCUUGUAUGAUGAUGAUACAGAACUUUAUUCACUUGAAAAUGCAUUGAAAAAAAUCCAUAGCAAGUAUUAUGAAAUUCUUGAAAAGAAUGAACUGGAGAACUUAAACCUUAAACCAGAUUUGACUCUGAUUAUCCCUGCAUUGAAACAUAAAUGUUUAGAAGGAGUUGUUGUGUUAUUUUCUGGGAUUUUACCACUUGGCAUCAAUCUUGAUCGUGCAGAUAUUGUGAUAUGGUGUAGACAAUUUGGAGUUAAAGUGGUGAGUGAAGUUUUCCCCGAAGUUACUCACGUUGUUUGUCGUGAUAAUAGAACUAAGAAUUACAAUGUUGGUCCAACAUUCAAGGUUCGUGUUGCUAAGAAACUUAUCCCCAAUGUUAAGAUUGUUAAUCCAGACUGGCUCUUUGCAUGUUUGAGUAGCUGGAGUAAAGUCGAUGAGACGGAAUAUUUGAUUGAUUCCAACGAUGAAGAUUGGAAGGUUAAUCCAAGAGAUAUAAAGAAGUAUCAAGAUGUGUUAGCUAAACAUAGAGAGAAUCAAGAGGUUGAUGACGGAUUUGGAAUAUCUGUGGAUUAUUCUUUGGAUGGAGUUGACGCCGAAGUAGAUGACUUUUUAGCGGGAACCAGUGACGACGAUGACGACGAGGAUGACGAAGAUGAUGAUGAAGUAGAUGAAGAUGAUGAUAAGAUGGAGGAAGAUGAGAAUAACGAAGGUGGAAUAGAGAGAGUUGUUGAAACCCCGAUCAGAGACGAGGCAUUUGAAGGAGAAGAAAAGAGAAAUGGGAUACUGAAGAGAACUUUAUCAGAUAGUGAAGAUGAAAUUGAGUCAUCUACAAAGCGUCAAAAGCAAGACAAGGAAGAAACAAAGAAAGUGGAAGAAGAAGAAGAAGAGGAAGAAGUUGAUUUAGACGAGCUUGAACAGGAACUCUUGGAUGGGUUUGACGACUUGGAGGAGACUGUAUAG